GGACCGUGUCCGCCUUUGUCCUGCAUCUGGGAGUGGAGCGCGCUCGCCGCCCGCCGUCGGCUGCUCCUCUCCCCAGCUCCACCUGUCUCACCCCGGGAAACGGCGUCAGCAGUCACUAGCAGCGCCGCCAGCCCAGGAAGGGAAGCAGGCUGCCAGCUAGGCUGAGACCUUGCAGACAGAGCUGGUGAGGAAAAUGAAACUCCCGAUUUUCAUAGCAGAUGCCUUCACGGCCACAGCUUUCAGGGGCAAUCCUGCUGCUGUCUGCCUCCUGGAAAAUACAUUGGAUGAAGAUUCUCAUCAACACAUUGCAAGGGAAAUGAACCUCUCUGAAACCGCUUUCAUCCGAAAACUGCAACCAACUGACAACUUCACACAAAGUUCCCACUUUGGACUAAGGUGGUUUACUCCUGAGAGUGAGUUCCCGCUAUGUGGCCACGCCACCCUGGCUUCUGCGGCUGUGCUGUUUCACAAAAUGAAGAACACGAACAGCACUCUAACCUUUGCCACCAUGAGUGGGGAACUAAGGGCCAGAAGAGCAGAGGACGGGAUUGUCCUGGACUUUCCUCUCUACCCAGCCUUCCCCCAGGACUUCCGUGAAGUGAAAGACUUGAUAAAGGCAGCCAUAGGUGAUACCCUGGUCCAGGAUAUCCGGUACUCUCCAGAUACCAAAAACCUCAUGGUCCGACUCAGCGACUCUUACAACAGGUCCUUUCUAGAGACCCUGAAGGUGAACACAGAGCCUCUGCCUCAAAUCGAAAAGACAGGGAAGGUGAAAGGACUCAUUCUUACUCUCAGAGGAGAGCCUGAGGGGCAGACACCCCAAUAUGACUUCUACUCCCGGUACUUUGCACCGUGGGUUGGUGUGGCUGAAGACCCGGUAACAGGGUCCGCCCACACUAUUCUUGGCCCCUACUGGUCUGAGGAGCUGGGGAAGAAAGAGAUGCGAGCCUUUCAGUGUUCCCGCCGAGGAGGGGAACUGGACAUUUCCCUGCGGCCUGAUGGACGAGUUGACAUGAAGGGUGGCGCUGCUAUUGUCUUAGAGGGCACGCUGACAGUCUAGAGACACUUGUGCUGGGCUGUGGCCACUGCUAAUCACAGUGUUUUCUCCAUACCAAAACCAAAACCCAGCCCAAACCAACAAUAAAUUCCCAGAGCUUGCUUCAGCAAGCCCACCGAGCAGUGCCCUCAACCCUCGUGUGAAGACCAGAAAGGGAAGGCAGCGGAUGGAGGUGAGACCGCAUCUCCAGACUCCUCAGCUGGUGAAGGGCUCUGGCCUCUGCCUGUGUGUCUUCAGGAACUCGGCAGGGAGUGACAGGGAUCCAUGCUGUCACUUCUUUUGAUUAUGACUGCCAACCAAAGUGAGAGAUUCAUUAAUAAGGAUGGAGAUGAAAUUUAGAUUUAGGUGUGUAUACCAGAUAGAAGAUUUUUACAAGCAUAUGUAUAAUUUUAAUUUAAAGACAGAGUCUUACUGCAUAGACCCUGUGUAGACCAGGCUACCCUCCAACUCACAGACAUCUGCUUGCCUCUGCCUCUUGAGUGCUGGGUUUGUGGUGUGCGCCAUCCUGCCCAGACUCAUAACCUUUUGAGAGAUCCAAUAACUGUGGGAAUUAAAACUGAACAUUAAAGAUAAUAGACUGUACACUGUUAGGGAGACUGUGCUAUGGCUGUGGAGAACAUGGAGUCACAUGACUGAAGAUAGCAAAGGAAACUGUGGGAAAAUUCAGAGUAAUCUUAGUGUCUAUAAGAAACAAUCAGGACAGAACUCAGGAAAUUGAAACAAAGUGUGUAUCUUAUUAGAUCAUGUGAUGAUAAAAUAAAAACUAGCUACACGUGUGAUCUGUGACCUUUUUCUCCUCUGUGUCUUGAUAAUGGAAAAGCCAAAGCCUUCUCUUGUUUAAUAAACCGUGAUUUAACGUAA